GAACGCGAGCAGAAAGCGGCAGAGGGCCAUCGAGGAACGGCCAGCCGGAAAGACCACCAUGUACUCGAAGCAGGAAUUCCGGGAGCAGUACUGCAUCAACAACAAACAGCUGGAUUUGCUGGAACUGGAGAAGUCCAAGAAGGAGCGAUUCCUCGGAUGCCUCUCUCAGUACCAUAUUGAGAGUCCCUGCUCCAGAGCCAACAGAGCAUCAUUUCUAUCCGUGUGUGUCCGUCGUAGAGUGCCCUCGGAUGAGAAUCUCAACUCCGAUUAUGCACCAAUACAGCGGUAUCCCAGGUUUGGCCAACCCUCCCCGGCCCCGCCCGAGGUGUGCGCAUACGACGCCGAUCUGGAGUGUUCAUACUUCAGGCGGCGGCCGCGGUCCGUGUGCAGCCAACCUGACCCCAAACGCUACACCUGGAUGCCAGAGGAUGAAGACUUCACCCGGAUGGAGUGGCCACAAUCGGUAAUAGAAGAUUCCGCGGGCUGGCCGCAGAACUACAACGCCGACAAAAUGGCGUCAGUGAGCCGCGGAGGCUCGCUGCCCAGACCGCCCUCUAUUAUACCCUGUCCUGCGCACACACCGAUCCCCCCGCCUCCCCCGCCACCACCUCUGACCAUGGCACCUCACAGAACAAAACACGUAUCGUUUGCUCGUUCACACACACUGACCACGUUCGACGACUCUGUGAUGCCCGCCGCGGUCGGAGGGAACCGCUUUCGGAGAGACUGCGAAAGACUGCUCGAUGGAAGAACUUUAAAGUCUGAAGCAAAACAACCCUACAACACACUGCCAGUAAUGUUCCAACCGUACAGUCCGUAUCCACAAUACAUGCCGCAAGCGGCUCCCGCGCCCAUCCACUACUCGUCGCAAAUGACGCAGAUGUCCCAAAUGCAGCCGCAAAUGCCCCAAAUGCCGCAACAAGCAGCCACUCUUCCGAGGUCUUCUGCUGAACAACCUAAAGUUGUUGUGCUUGAUAAAAAAGGAGUUAUGAGGACUCAAGCAACACAAACUGAAGUUUGUUUAGGAAGAAAACCUUUGCCUCCAAAUUAUUUGUCGUUAAGUCCUAGAACUAUAAAAAGGGUUAAAAUGGUAGCAGCAGGUGUUCAAACUAAUGGAUAUACUGUAGGAGCUAGAAGAUUAACCAAAUCAUUCUCUGAAGUAGGCGGAGAUAGAUUAGCUGGUCGCGACACAACUAGUGAAAUCAGUGCUACAGUAGAAAGUUUCAUUGCCAAUGAUCACGAAAAACUACAUAGAACGCAGUCAGAAGAACCACCCAGAUCCCCUCGAUCCCCAACGUCCAUGAUGCCUCCCUCACCGCUAAUGCAAAGAAUGGAUUCUGACGAAGUCACUUCAUCAUCAGUAAAAUCCGUCGCCUCAUCAAAUUUAGAUAAAUCAUCCGAACUGAGCGCAUUACAAAGACAGGCCCAAGAAUAUUUCCAACAAAACUUCCAAUUCAUUCACGAGAGCGACAGAGAUGACACCAUCGAUGACGACAUAGAAACAAUAGAGAAAAGCAUGGCGUUAAAUAGAAGAAAUCUGGAAUACCUUCAGCAAGAAAUAGCGAAGCAAGCUAAGACUCAAGACAGGUCGCUCAGAUUAAUUUUAUCAAAAAGCACUAGUGACGCUUCUCAAAAAACUAUCAAUUCUCAUCCGCUAUCAAAAACAUCUACAUUCCAAUCGGAGCCUUCAACAGAAACUUCAGCUACAACCACAGAUGACAGUGAGAAGAAUGAAAGGGAGAUUAUAAUAGACUUUGAGCCAAGGCCUGAUGAUGAAGCGAUACCUUUUACAACAUUGCGCAGAAAAAACAAAAGACCAUUGCAAAAGACUCUUUCAGAAGGGGAAAUACUAUUAGACGUAAGGAAAAGCGAAAUAAACACAAGCGAUGCAAAAGACGCUCCUAUCGUCAUGUCAACGAGCCAAGAAAACAUGGUGAGAGAAGACCGAGAAAGAGAAGCAAUUUACAGACAAUACAUUGAUCAAAAUUAUACGCAAACGCCUAUCAAAGACGAAGGAAUAUUUGGAUUCGAGCCCGAUGGAUCUUUUAGUUCUUCAGACGGAAAUGGGCCAUAUGAAGAUUUCCAUGAAAAAUAUAUUAGUUACAAGCAUGAACCGUUUAGAAAUCGAAGCGUUAGCUUUGAGGAACCAACAGAAAUAAUUAAUAAAAGGGCUGAAGUUCCUGAAAUCAGUACUGCAAAAUCAAGUCCUGGAUCGCCAGAACCAGCAAGCUUAGAUGUUGAAGUGGACCACAAAAUAAAAAGAGCUAUUAUUUCGAGUACUAUUACGACUAUUCUUACUCCUUUGGAAAAAUCAUCGCCGUGUGCAUCAAACGAGUCUUUGACUGUAGAUCAUAGCAGGGAUCAUUCUGAUGGGUUGUGGAACGAAUCGCAAACCACAGUUUUACAAGUGGAUUCUGGGACUGAAAAUGGAACCGUGAUAAGCUCAUCAGAUCUCAGCUCUUUAGCAGCAUCACCAGGAGCACUGGCUUUACUGACGCCUACAUCAAGAAGAAAACAACUUCUGUUAUUGCAACAUCAGCAGCGAUCAUCUUUGGAUACAGAUGCUUUGGAUGAAGAAUUCGAUGCUUCACAAAGCCAAUCACCUACUUCACCAAGAAAUAAACUGGAUACUUCAAGCUCUAGUUCAGCACAAGCCAGAUCGUCACUCUCACCACCUGCUGUUGUUCCGAAUAUUACAUUACCUAUAACAAAACAACCGACAAUAUCAAAAAAUAUAUCUCCCAUGGGGCCUCAAAAAAUCAACCAUACACCAGCGAUUGCUAUCACUCAUCCAAGCCUAGAUUUAGCAGAUGUGCCAUUCAAACGAACUCCUAGUUUUAUCAAUAAAAAAAGAGAAAGAGCUUUGAGCCCAUCAAGAAGAAAAGAUUUGCAAAAAAGAGCCCAGCAAAAAGAGCCAAACGGAACUCUUCCUAACCAAAUUGUAGAAUCUCCUUCUGAACAACCACUUGCUAAAGCUGCUAGCAGUGAAACUAGUUUAGCACGCACAGAUUCUGGGAAAAUAAAUACCACUGAUGUUUCCGAAAGCACAACGACUACUGAAGAUUACGUAACGGCUAAUUCAGACAGUUCAAAGAAAAGUAAUUGCAAAAACCCGAACCAGAAUCCUGAAAACAAUAAAGCACAAGAAGGUUCCUCAUUCGAAAGUGCAUCAAGUCUUUAUUCUUCCACUCGCACAGAAAACAUUGCUGAAGAUCUAGUAGUACCAAGUUUUUCUCCUCCAUUACAAAUCAGUGACGACUUCAUAGUACCCGAUUUAGUAUCACCUCCUUUACCGUUACCAGAAAGAUUACCAAGAGCAGCGGUAGAGAAAAUUGAAGUAAAAGCAGAAAUCAAUCCAACACUCGAGUCAAUAAGGAGAGAUAAGACUGAAUUUAUAAAAAUAAAAGACGAUGUUCCCAAAGUUUCUAAGAUUUCAAUGAGAGAUAUGGUAAGUGGUAAAAGUAGUUCUAGCGGAAGUUACAGUAUAGGUGGUUCAAAUCCUAACAUGACAGAAGAAGACAUCGAUAAGACUCCCACUGAAAAAACCAAACAGAUUUCUGAAAAGAUUGAACCGAUAACCAAAGCUGAUAAAGUUACGAGUCCAAUGGUCGAAAAAGAACAACUGGUUCCCAAAAUGAUGGGCUCAUUAUCUGACGAUGAAAGAAGUGUUCAUUACUCAUCAUCAGGGUAUUAUGAAAGUCCAGUAGAAGAUGACGAUGAUGGCGGUUUGACAUACAAGCAUUCACAAAAAUAUAGAUCAGCGAGACCAAAAACCUGGUUAUCAGAUGAGAAAAGAAGAAAAAAGAAAGCGUUCACGUUAGAGUUUUCAAAGUCUUAUGAUGAUUCAGUGUCUACAUCACAAGAUGAUUGGGGUAAGAAAGUAAAAGACCCAGAUAGUAUUAGCCAAAAAUCAGAACGUAGUAGUAUAUUCAAGCCUACAUGUAGUAAAUCUCCUCUAGAAGAGAAAGCGCCAGAAGUAAGAAAAAAGAAAACGCACUUUGAAAAAACCAAAAGUGUUCAAUCGUCCCCAAGAGAGCCAAAAGACAUCGAAAGAUCACUAAAAGAAAAGCCUGUAAAAGAAAAAGAUCCGGAACCAAAGAGACCUCAAGAAAGAGAACGAUACGUGAAAAGGACAAAAUUGAAAGCGAAAAGUCCAACACAAAGUAAAGCUAGUGAUGGAAACCAUGGUUAUGGUAGGCCCCAUUACGACAGGCGGGAAGCUAUGGGUUCAAAUAUGAAAUUACAUCUAAAUAUUCCCACUUCAGAUGAUUCAAGUGAGCAAUAUCGAAAAGAAGGUACAGGCAACGGAAAUAUCUCUCCAAGAAAACACAGGCGGUUGCGAGAUAGUCCACGAAGAAAAACGGGUGCUAAUUCUAAUUCAAUAAAGUCUCCUACUUCUGGUAAUAACCAUUCAGGAUACAGUUGCAGGCCACGGAGAAAGAGUGGUUCAAAUGAAAGCAUAUCACUACCUGGCAGCUUGCCUCGCAGAAAACAAUCAAUACCCACAGUUCCUUGUCUUAGUUCUUUAGAAGCGGAAGACAUUGAAACCACCAGAACACUCGUUAGUGCUGGAUCAAGAUUAACUCCUUUGCGAUACGUGAAGAGUCCCACAACAUCUCCGAGACAUCAUCAUUGUAAAUUCGCAAAAGCAGCAUCAGCAGAAUCCUUAAGAUCCGUUUCACCAGGUUCUGACUCCGUAUUUUAUUCUGAACAAACAGAACACAGCCUAACAGGAGUCGACGGCGAGGCCAAAGCACAUUGCUUACAUUGUGGCAAAGAGGUUCAUAUAGUUACAGCUUCACACGAACAAGACAGAGCUUCAAGAACUUCCCAUACAGAUGAAUCCUAUGCCGAUGCACAGCCUGAUAUUGUCCCAGCACCGGCAGGAUUUGCAGAUUCCCCUUCUUGUAUCAGUUCAAAAAAGCAUGCGACUGGAGCUCGCUUAUAUAAAAAGCUGGAUAAAAGAUACCGUUCUGAAGACAAAUCUAGACACUAUCGACAUAGGUCUGAUGUGCGAGCGAAGUCCGAAGAACGUGGCAAGGAGGAAUAUGCCUCUACAGAAAAACCUCAAGACACUCGUAUUGCUCGGUCUGCUGGCAACAGCUUGGAUAAACUAGCCGGUUCGAGUGCCAGCGUAGAUCCGGAUGAACAUGAAGAGUGCUCGGGCAGUUCUGAAGGUGCUGAAGGUGGCCGGGAAGAGAGAGGAGUAUACGCUGCUCCAUGGUGGUGUGGAAACUGGAUACUGCUCUCAGAGAAUGACGAUCACUGGACUAGGAUUCCACCAGAUGUCUUGGAACGAAUCGAAAGCAGCAAAGAAGAUCCUACAGAGUCAGAAACUGAAUUUAACAAAAGAUAUGUAGCUCUAACACAUAGACUUGUACAUAGACGCGCUUGCAUUGAGUUGAAUAGACGGCAAGCAAAUAAUACAUUUGAAAGCGACAAAACAGUGGUAGUGAGACGAGGUAACGAGGAGUUCGGAUUUAGGAUCCACGGCAGCAAGCCCGUGGUGGUCUCGGCGAUCGAGCCCGACACGCCGGCGGAGACCUCGGGCCUUGAGGUCGGGGAUAUAGUUAUAGCUGUUAAUGGGAUCAAUGUUUUAGAUAAGACACAUUCGGAAGUAGUUAAAAUAGCACACUCCGGUUCUGAAAUACUGGAAUUGGAUGUGGCAAGAACAUGCGAAGUGGUAGCAUCUCUAGCCCACGAAGGUGGUCCAGCUGCCUUAUACUCAGGAUACUUGUGGAGGGCGGCGCCUCUGAGGCCCCACCAUCCUCCAAGAUGGACGCGAAGGUGGUUCGUCCUGAAGAGGGACAACUGCUUGUACUAUUACAAAACCGAUAGUAGCAUUCACCCAGUGGGUGCGCUGAUGCUAGUGAACUACCAACUGACUGAAGAGGACGCUGGUAGACCGCACGGCUUCAGGCUGCAGCGCGGUGGCGGUACACGACUGCAGUUGGCGGCGGACACUUCGGAAGCGGCCGCUAGGUGGCGCGCGGUGCUGGCUCAUGCUAUUGAUGCUAGCAAUCAGCGAGACGGCUGGCUUGAAGUGACCAUGAGAAACAUGAAACUGCCUCCAUCCUCCAUACCGAGGCCUGACUGCUUCGGCUACCUGAUGAAGCUGGGCUCCAAGUGGAAGUCUUGGGCCAAACGCUACUGUGUGCUAAAGGACGCCUGCCUCUACUUUUAUAAUGAUGGGAACAGCAAGAGUGCUUUUGGCAUGGCGUGCCUCCACGGGUACAGGAUACAGACGUGCGCGCCGGGCGGCAAAAAGUUCGCGUUCGAAGUGAUGCCUACGGAACCCAAGCAGCGACACUUCUACUUCCAUACGGAGUCUGAAAUGGAUAAGAAACGAUGGAUGGCAGCGUUGGAAUACUCCAUAGACCGGUGGAUGAAGGCCGGUUGACGACGACAUUCUGGUGUCUAAAGAACUAUACGAUUAAUAAUAAUAGAUCAUUAAAUUUAUUUCUUACCGUUUUAAUUAUUUCAAACUUAACUGUCAUUCCUUUUUAACACUAUCAAGGAGUCUUCAGCAAUCGUUACAAUAGCAACAAAGUCAACGUGAUUUGUUAUCAAAAUACUUACAGUAACUAAGGCUGAGUUGCACCAUGUUACUUUAACUUUGACAAACGUCAAAAAUCUGUCAAACUUCAUAUAAAAAACACCGGUUAUCGUUAUAGUUUCGGUCAAAUUUAGGUGAUGUAACUCAGCCUAAGAUUACCAAAAGAGCUGGUCUAUUUCGUUUAGAUCCUACAAAUUAACUGAGAUGUGCUUACUUUACUUACUUUGAAAUUAUUUGGGUAAAGUUGUUUUUUUACAUCUGUUCUAUUCUUUAAAUUUUUUUUUUCAUGUUAUGUAACUUUAAUACCUAGGUAAACCAUUUUUUUUAAUUUGCCGGGAACGACGAGGGUUAAUCUAUUGGGAGAAAAAAAAUACUAAUCUGUAAAAUAUCAAACACAGCGUUAAGUAACGGUUUAAGAUCCUUAACACGUUCACUGUUCUCGAAACGAAAUAAAUGUAUAAAGACGAGACGCGGUUAUAUUUUACAAAAUAAUUCCGA